CGAGACUGCCGAGAUGAUGUACGCCGGCACGUCCCACAACAGCCAAUACGGGGCGGGUCCGCCACCCGAGAUCCGGUACGAGCCGGAAUUAAUCCCUCACACCCUCUCUGCUCUCUGUCGACCUGUGUUUUGAAUGUGUGUAGCAUGACUGAUUAUUUGGCUGAGGCCAUUGAGUUCGCCAACGACGUGCUGCGCACCGAGAUCACCCUGGCGACCAAGUGGAGGGACGCACGGCCGCUUGCCUGGCUGCUGUCCGCCAUCGAGUUCCAUAUCGACGACGUCCACGAUACCGACCUCGACGGACGCACCGAGGCGUGCCUCCGCGAGCGAGAGAUGAUACAGGACAUUCCACAAGACCAACGAGCUUCGGGAAAUCCUCUCGACCAGUCAAUAGUCCUGUCUUCAUACCCGAUCACAUGUAUGGAAAGAGAUCGAGAACAUGACCAAUGGGCUGGAUGCAAACGUCUGCUGUGCAGGUUUCCAAACGUGUGUGCCUUUGUCGCAUUUUGGGCCGGCAGGGAUCUGGGGUUGAGAGCAAUCGAUCGGUCUUUCUACAAAUACGUGCAGUAUUUCGAGCCGCAGGUGGGAGCGCCGGCGAAUCUGCACCAGGUUGUGUAUACGUUCUGCCGCAGGUGCUCUUAUAACCAUGUGCAAAAGGGGAUGGUCAGUGAUGGAUGUGUGUCUCUGUUCGGUGUGUCCAUUGCAGAUUGGUCUUCCCGGCCGAACCGCAUGCAUUCGGACCCUCCAGAGACCCACCAGCUGUGCAGGAGACCAAGGUACGCUCACUCGUACGUGAGUUCCUGAAUCCCUUCCGAUUCGAUCCCCGCACGUGAGUCGUAAUAUUUUAUCUCGGUCGGCCACAGAUGUGAAUGUCUGUAUGCGUGCAGGGGAGUGUCACAGGUCCAUGUGGGCUACUACCCGAUUGGAUGAGGGUGAGCGGCAGUGCAGUAUCUGAAUCCAACGGUGUAGUUUCUGUAGAGUGUACGUAAUGCUCACAUGCAGUGUCGCUCUUCUUUUGCGACGGGCCGUGUGUGUGAGAAGGUUGUCGCUUGUCAGUAGAAAAACCCAAACAGGCCAACAGUAGAAAAACCGAAACCGAAAACCGAACAGGCUGGCAGAACCGUUUCGGUUCCGUCCCUCUAUUUCGUUAUUUCUUCCGACUAGCCGAGGAGGCGCAACCGGGAGGGCGUGCCGACUCAACACGGAUGGACACUUCCUCCCUCUCACCUCCUCGACUGUUCUGUCGGACCGGGGCCUUUUGAUUCAAGACUUCUGUGGUGUGUCGGCACUGGACUGUCUCGGCUGCAUCUACCUGUCGGCAGCUGAUCUGCCGUCACUGUUCUGUGCGACUGGGCUGUCGCUGAGCUGGGAUAUGGGAGCAGCAGCAAGAUGUAUACCACGCAUUCCAGCCCGUGAGCCACCCAAAGGGAGGCUGUAGCGUAGACAAAAGGACUGCCUAAU